UAAUCUAGACGUGAUAUUGUGACAAACAUGCCCACUAUCGUUAACUUGUCGAACUAAGCUAAUCGAGAUUAUGUUUUUGUUUACUUUUAUCCAACUUACACAGUUUUAAGUUAUUUUACGAUGAAGCUGUUCAGUUAUAAGUUAGUUUUAAGUAUUAUUUGUGUGAAUUUGACUAACAUUGUUUGCUUGUCUAAGUUCAGUUUGGAUUCAUCGAAUGAUAAGGUUAUUUGGAAACUUGAAAACAAAAAUAAAACGAUCUCAGUAGCGGGUUCAGUGCCGGGUGGGGUGUAUUCGGAUCUCCAGAAGUCUGGUACCAUCGGCGACAUUUUGCAGGGAUUCAACGAUGUCCUCACUCGCUGGAUCGCGUAUGACAGUUGGACUUACACAGGAAAAUUUAAUGUUAGUGCCAACAAUCUGGAAAAUGCAGUUGCACAGUUGGUAUUGGAAGGCGUGGACACGGUUGCUCACAUCGAGCUAAACGGUAGAUCAAUUGGUUCAACAAAUAACAUGUUUGUCAGAUACGUCUUCAAUGUAAAACAAUACCUUCAGGCAGGCGAAAAUGAAUUGAAGUUCAGUUUCGAGUCACCAGUGAAGUUUGCCAAAAUACGUUCGGAGAAAUAUUUCACGGCACCGGAUUGCGUGCCCGAUAUUUAUAAUGGGGAGUGUCACGCAAACCAAAUCAGGAAAAUGCAGGCUUCUUUCAGUUGGGAUUGGGGACCAGCAUUUCCCUCUGUUGGAAUCUGGAGACCAGCAAGAUUGGAAUUUUUCAACGGCGCCGUCAUAAGAUCACUUACCACGCAUACAGAGAAAAAGGACUCAUCGUGGUCCUUAAGAACCAAAGUGUAUUUGCAAACUGGUGAAAACAUUAAGCGUAUUAAAGGAAACUUAAGUAUGUACUUAAGUGUAGAAGGACAUCAAACAUUUAAAGUUGGGAAAUAUCUUGAUGUAGCAACAAGAGAUGAUGGAACAGUUGAAGCUGAAAUUGAUAUGAGUAUAAGUGCGAAUUUAGUCACCGAGUGGUGGCCUAAUGGAUAUGGUGAUCAAAGGUUGUACAAUUUAUUUGUUUUCCUUACAACUACCGAAAAGGAUAAAGAAAUUUCUUACAAACAUGCUAAAAUAGGAUUCCGCACCAUAGAAUUAGUGGAAGAAGACGCUGGGCUAAUACUAGGAAACAACACUACUGCAGGUCACGGUUUGACAUUUUAUUUCAAAGUCAACGGCUAUCCAAUUUUCAUGAAGGGAUCUAAUUGGAUACCUUCAAAUAUUUUACCUGAAAUUGGGGAGAGUAGGAAAACAAUUAACAAUCUGCUGACUGCUGCUCGCGAUGCCCACAUGGCAAUGCUCCGGGUUUGGGGCGGAGGAAUUUACGAAUCGGACUACUUCUAUAGGCGCUGCGAUGAACUCGGUAUUUUAAUAUGGCAAGACUUUCUCUUCGCGUGCUCUAUGUAUCCCGUGGAUCCUGAUUUUCUUGAAACUGUUAAGACUGAAAUAGAGCAAAACGUGAUUCGUCUUCAGCACCACCCUUCCAUCGCAGUUUGGGCAGGAAACAAUGAAAACGAAGUCGCAUUACGAGGAAACUGGUACAACACGAAAUCCGAAUUUGAAAAAUACAAGAGAGAAUACAUAACACUGUAUGUAGAUACAAUAAAACCUAUUGUAGAAGGCAUUGAUCCUGGAAGGCGUUACCUUGUCUCAAGCCCAUCGAAUGGACGCAAGAGUGAAGAAGAUGGGUAUAUUGCCAGAAACCCUUACGAUCCGAACUAUGGCGAUACACACUAUUACAACUAUCUGGCAGACAGUUGGGACAGCAACAUCUACCCCCAAACGAGAUUCGCGUCAGAGUAUGGUUUCCAAUCGUUACCAUCAAUCAAAACUAUGAGAAGUGCAACGAAUAGAACGGAAGAUUAUCAUGUUGAGAGUAAUUAUUCCAAGCAUAGACAGCAUAGCCCCGCUGGAUACAGUUUUAUCGAGGCCCAGAUCAAUCGAAGACUUAACCUUGAUAAGAACGAUAGAAAGUAUUUUGAGAAAUUCGUAUUUUAUAGCCAGAUAUCACAAGCUAUGGCAAUAAAGACGGAAACAGAAUUUUAUAGACAAAGCCAGUCUAACUGGUAUACGAUGGGAGCGUUAUACUGGCAAUUGAAUGAUGUGUGGCAGGCACCGUCUUGGUCUGGCAUUGAGUUUGGUGGGAAAUGGAAAAUGUUGCAUUACUUUGCAAAGACUUUCUUUGCUCCUGUAUUGAUAUCACCGCGGUUGACCAAGACCGGUGAUGUGGACAUAUACUUAAUAAACGACAGAUUCGUGCCAAUAAACGACGCCAAAAUCACAGUUGAUGUCUUCAAUUGGAGUAGCUUAGCAUCUAUCAGUUCCAAAACAUAUCCCGCAGAUGUAGGACCACUUAAUUCAAAGAUGCAAGCUACAUUUACUCUAUGGAAUGCUGAGAAUAAAGAUGAAAUUUUUCUUAGAUUUCGCUUGCAAGCCGAAGGUGUUCCGUCUUCCCCAUAUAAUUAUCUAUUCCCUGUUUCAUUGAAAAAUGCUAAAGGAUUGAAAGAACCUACUAUAAGUAUAACAGUGCAGAAAAAAGAUGAUGAAAAUGACGGAGUAAAUAAAUUCAAUAUAAAUAUCAACGUAGAUACUGUAAUAAUAUUCCUAUGGCUUGAAGCAGAUUCGGUGGAUGGACAAUUCGAAGACAACGGUUUUGUUGUAACGGAAGCUAAUUUCAAAGUUGAUUUUACCACCACAGAUGUGAUAAGCGCAAAAGAAUUAGAGAAAUCGAUAACCUAUCAAUAUUAUUUCCAAUAAUUUAUGUUAUCUUUAGAAAAUAAUCACAGAGUAUUAGAUAAAAUUCAUUUUCGUUAGGUAUGUUGAAGAAUGGAUACCUAUCACAUUGAUUUGCAUUUUGAGUAGUGUAAUUCAUAAUAUAAUAACGCUUACAAAAAAAUGGAUUUUAUCAACAAGGACAGAAUUACUCACUUAUGAAAAUGUGUCUUAAUUGAUUAAAUUAUUCACUUUAU